AUGGCCGAUAGACCCGUCGUCGUCGACAACGGUACCGGCUUCGUCAAGGUCGGCUAUGCGGGCUCCAACUUCCCCGAGUUCGUCUUUCCCUCGAUCGUCGGCCGGCCGAUCCUGCGUACCGAGGAGCGCGAUGCCCUCUCGAGCAACACGGGAACGCAGAUCAAGGACAUCAUGGUGGGCACCGAGGCCGAGGAGCUGCGCAACUACCUGCAGAUCACCCAGCCCAUGGAGCACGGCAUCGUAAAGGACUUUGGCGACAUGCGACAUGUCUGGAACUACACAUUCGACGAGAAGCUGCGCAUCGACCCGCAGGGGCGCAAGAUCCUGCUCACCGAGCCCCCGAUGAACCCCAAGCGCAACCGCGAGGAAAUGUGCCAGAUCAUGUUCGAGGAGUACGGCUUCGACGGCGUCUACAUUGCUAUCCAGGCGGUGCUGACGCUCUACGCCCAGGGCCUCCAGACGGGCGUCGUCGUCGACUCGGGCGACGGCGUGACCCACGUGGUGCCCGUCUACGAGGGCUUUGCGCUGCCGCACCUCACCAAGCGUCUCGACGUGGCGGGCCGCGACGUGACGCGGUACCUGAUCAAGCUGCUGCUGCUGCGCGGCUACGCCUUUAACCGCACCGCCGACUUUGAGACGGUGCGACAGAUCAAGGAGAAGCUGUGCUACAUGAGCUAUGACCUGGACCUGGACAAGAAGCUGUCCGAGGAGACGACGACGCUGGUCGAGUCGUACACGCUGCCCGACGGGCGGGUGAUCAAGGUGGGCUCGGAGCGCUUCGAGGCGCCCGAGUGCAUGUUCCAGCCGCACCUGGUCGACGUCGAGCAGCCGGGCGUGGCCGAGCUGCUGUUCAACACGAUCCAGUCUGCGGCCGUCGACACGCGCUCCGAGCUGUACAAGCACAUUGUGCUGAGCGGAGGCAGCUCCAUGUACCCGGGCCUGCCCUCGAGGCUGGAAAAGGAGAUGAAGCAGCUCUACCUCACCCGCGUGCUCAACGGCGACGGCUCGAGGUUGAAGAACUUCAAGAUCCGGAUCGAGGACCCGCCACGAAGGAAGCACAUGGUGUUCCUGGGCGGCGCUGUGCUGGCCGACAUUAUGAAGAACCGCGACAGCUUCUGGAUCUCGCGGGCCGAGUGGUACGAGCAGGGCAAGGAGUGCCUGGAGCGCCUCGGCCGACACGCCUGA